CCUAGGAUACCUCAAGCUGAAAACUCAAAAUGGCGACAUUUGUUGAAAUACAGUGAAAAUUUGCUGGAUUCUUCGCUUUCUCUUAGCACCAAAAUGCAGUUGAGAUACAUGAAAACAUUGCUCAGUCCUCAGGAUGGGGCGUGCAAAGUCACAGCCAUGGCGUGGGCACCCAACAAUCAGAAGAUGGCUGUGGUCACUAUGGACAGGGUUGUAAUUCUGUAUGAUGAGCUAGGAGAGAGAAGAGAUAAGUUCUCAACAAAACCCUCAAAUCCACAGGCGGGCAAGAAAAGCUAUAUUGUCAAGGGCCUGGCGUUCUCCCCUGAUUCAUCCAAAAUUGCUGUUGGCCAGACUGAUAACAUCAUCUUUGUGUAUAAGAUUGGUGAAGAGUGGGGUGAAAAGAAAGUGAUUUGCAACAAGUUUAUACAGCAGAGUGCAGUGACCUGUCUUAUCUGGCCCCCAGAGCAGGCAAAUAUUGUCUUUGGACUAGCUGAUGGCAAGGUCCGCCUGGCCAGUCUCAAGACAAACAAAUCUCAGACCAUUUAUGGAACAGACAGCUAUGUAGUAUCUUUGGCUGCCAACCCCUCUGGCCAAGGCAUAAUUUCUGGCCAUGCAGAUGGUGCCAUUGUCAGGUACUUUUUUGACGAUGAAGGAACGGGGUUAUCUCAGGGUCAACUCUGCAAGCACUCCUCACCUCCAUAUGCUCUUUGUUGGGGUUCGGCAAUAGUAGCCGCUGGGUGUGACAAGAGAAUUGUAGCCUAUGGAAAAGAAGGGCGUGUGCUACAGAACUUCGAUUACUCAAGAGAUGAUGACGAGAAGGAGUUUACAGUUGCUGCUUGUAGCCCCAGUGGGCAGUCUGUUGUGAUUGGUAGCUUUGACAGAUUAAGAGUGUUUAACUGGAGUCCUCGGCGAGGGGCAUGGGAUGAGUCUAAAGCCAAAGAGAUCCCUAAUUUGUACACUAUCACUUCCCUGGCAUGGAAGAGAGACGGGUCAAGACUGGUGGCGGGCACUCUGUGUGGUGGUGUGGAGCUCUUUGAUUGCUGCUUGAGAAGAUCUGUUUACAAGAAUAAGUUUGAGAUGACUUAUGUUGGUCUAAGUCAGGUUAUUGUGAAAAACUUGUCAUCUGGAACUCGCGUAGUGCUUAAAUCUCACUAUGGUUAUGAGGUGGAUAAAGUAAGCAUCAUGGGAAAAGACCGUUACCUUGUUGCUUACACUACAGAUACUUUACUUGUCGGUGACCUUAACUCCAACAAGCUCAGUGAGGUCCCUUGGCAAGCAACUGGAGGCAAUGAAAAGUUUUUCUUUGAAAAUGAAAGUGUCUGUAUGGUGUUCAAUGCAGGGGAGCUUUCUCUCAUUGAGUACGGCAAUAAUGAAAUUCUCGGAACAGUAAGAACCGAGUUUAUGAAUCCCCAUCUCAUCAGUGUACGUCUGAAUGAGAGGAAGCAACGAGGGAUUGAUGAAAACAAGAAGAUGGCAUACCUUGUAGAUCUCAAGACUAUAAGCGUUGUCGAUCUUCUGUCUGGCCUCAUAGUCGCCACCAUUAGCCAUGACUCCAAGAUAGACUGGCUUGAGCUCAACGAGACAGGGAAGUACCUUCUCUUUCGUGACAAAAAACUCAGGCUGCAUCUACUUAACGUGGAGUCAGAGGUUCGGACAACUAUCCUGAACUACUGCACUUACGUACAGUGGGUCCCUCUGAGUGAUGUGGUUGUCGCACAGAACCGAGGUAACUUGUGUAUUUGGUACAACAUCGACUCGCCUGAGAGAGUAACAAUGUUCCCCAUCAAGGGCGAGAUCUUGGACCUCGAGCGAGUGGAUGGUAAGACGGAAGUGAUAGUGAAUGAAGGCGUCACUAACAUCUCAUACACGCUUGACGAGGGGCUCAUUGAGUUCGGCACUGCUGUGGACGAUGGCGAUUUCACAAGAGCCGUGACGUUUCUUGAGAGUUUGGAGAUGUCGCCGGAGACAGAGGCCAUGUGGAAAACUCUUAGUAGACUAGCCUUAGAGGCACGCCAGCUCCACAUAGCUGAGCGGUGCUACGCCGCACUCGGAGACGUUGCAAAGUCCAAGGCGCUCAAACAGAUCAACAAAAUUGCUGACCAGGUGGCAGAGGAAAUGGGUGGUGACGGGACGAACCACGUGCUGGUCCGCGCCAAGCUUGCCGUACUGGACAAGAACUUCAAGUUGGCGGAGAGUUACCUGCUGGAGCAAGGUCACGUGGAUGAAGCCAUCGAGAUGUACCAGGAGCUGCACAAGUGGGACGAAGCCAUCGCUGUCGCCGAGGCAACGGGCCACCCUGAGCUUGAGAAUCUUCGCUCCAAUCACUACCACUGGCUCUCCGAGACUGGCCAAGAGGAGAAAGCUGGUGUGGUUAAAGAGGUAGAAGGCAAUUACAUGGAGGCCAUUAACCUAUACAUGAAAGCUGGAUUACCUGCAAAGGCCGCGAGACUUGCCAUGUCUAAAGAGGAUCUUGCUCAGUCCGCUGACCUUAUCGAGAGGAUUGCCGCCGCGCUUCUUAAAGGUGGAUUGUAUGAGAAGGCUGGGGAGCUGUUCGAAAAGGUGAAUCGAAAUGACCGCGCCCUUGAGGCGUACAGAAAAGGAGGUGCAUACAGACGAGCGGUCGAGCUGUCUCGUGUAGCAUACCCGCGUGAGGUCGUCACACUUGAAGAGGAAUGGGGAGAUCAUCUUGUGUCCCAGAAACAGCUAGACGCUGCUAUAAACCACUACAUCGAGGCAGGAUGUUCCGUGAAAGCAAUAGAAGCAGCGAUUCAGGCGCGCCAAUGGAACAAGGCGGUUCAGAUUGUGGAAUUGCAAGAUGAUACAGUGGCUGAACGGUAUUAUCACCAAAUAGCCCACCACUAUGCCCAAGUACAAGAAUACAAGCUUGCAGAGAAGUUCUUCGUGAGUGCGGGUAAUCCGCGGGCGGCUAUCGAGAUGUAUACAAAGGCUAGCAUGUACGAGGCGGCUCACAAGCUUGCAGUACAAUGCAUGAAGCCGGAAGAAGUUGCUGUCCUCUACAUAUCGCAGGCGCAGGAACUUGAAGCCCAAGGCCGAUACAAGGAGGCUGAAAGGCUCUACUGUACUGUUGACGAGCCAGAUCUGGCGAUAAAUAUGUACAAGAAACUAAGACAGUUUGAUCACAUGAUCAGGCUGGUGACUACAUACCACAAGGAUCUACUGGUCGACACCCAUUUGCACCUGGCUAAGGAAAUGGAGAGUGAGGGUCAGCUGCGCCAGGCAGAGCACCACUACCUAGAAGCCAAGGACUGGAAAGCUGCUGUCAACAUGUACCGGACCAGCGACAUGUGGGAGGAGGCAUACAGGGUUUCAAAGCAGAGCGGCGGACCAAAUGCCGCCAAACAAGUCGCUUAUCUGUGGGCAAAGAGCUUAGGUGGCGACUCUGCUGUGAAGCUUCUCACCAAGUUUGGUCUACUUGAAGCCGCUAUAGACUACGCCGCCGAGAACUGCGCGUUCGAGUUCGCGUUCGACCUCGCGCGCACCUCCAUGAAACACAAAAUGCCGGACAUCCAUCUGAAGUACGCCAUGUUCCUUGAAGACGAAGGCAAGUACAAAGAGGCGGAGGAGCAGUUCGUCAAAGCCAGCAGGCCGAAGGAAGCUGUGCUCAUGUACGUUCAUAAUCAUGACUGGGACAGCGCUCAGCGAGUGGCGGAACAGCAUGACCCGGACAGCGUGGCAGACGUCAUGGUGGGACAGGCGCGGGUAGCAUUCGAGAAGAGGGAGUACCAAAAAGCGGAGACUUUCCUGCUCAGAGCUCAGCGUCCUGAACUCGCCGCAAGAUACUAUAAGGAUGCUGAGAUGUGGGGUGAUGCUCUUCGCGUCGUCAAGGAGUACCUCCCGCAUAAGCUGGAGCAGUGGCAGGAUGAAUACGACAAAGAAGUGCUCACUAAAGGAAACAGGGGUGCCGAGUCCUUGCUAUCUCAAGGCAAGGAGUGGGAGAAGAAGGGAGAGUACAACCGUGCUAUUGACAUGUACAUGAAGAUCACAGCAAGCAUGACAAGCGACCAGGACCUUGUUGAAGACGCCAUGGUCAAGGCUGUUGAGCUUGCGAUGAAGUUCGUCCCGGAGCGCGCGUCCGAGGUCGCCCGCGUGGCAUGCCCGCGGCUGGCCACCAUCAAGGCCUACGAACAGGGUGCCGAGCUCGACCUUGGGGUCGAGAUGAUCAAGGAAGCUAUCGACAUGUACAUCGAGGGGGAGCUAUGGCCAAAAGCCAAGCGAUGUGCCGCUGAGAUGGCUCCAAGAUACGAACAAUACGUCGAAGACGCUUACGUGAAUUUCCUCAAGAACCAAGGUCAGGCUGAACAGCUUGUGGAUGUUGAUGUUAUCGCCGGCCUGGAUAUGAUGGUGCAACGCGGACAAUGGGAGAAGGCCAUCGAGACCGCAGAGCAACAGGGCUAUGAGGUUCUCAGCAAGUAUGUGGCUCUCUACGCCGCUAACGCGAUCAAGGACGGGGACUCGCUCAAGGCACUAGAGCUGUUUGCACGAUAUGGUGCACCGGCCAAUCAACAGAACUUCAACAUCUACAAGCGAAUCGUGAACGAUGUAGUAUCAACGCCAGGCCUUGGCGGCCCCGAUAGCUAUCGUACUUGGGCAGACCUCCGAGACGUCCUAUACGAUGUGCUUGAAGGUAUCUCCAAGGAGGGCGACACAAGCUUACCAGUUUUCCAGGAGUUUGAGAGUAUGCUGCUAGUCGCGCAUUACUAUAGCAACCGUGCUGCCUGCCAGCAGCAUAAGUCACUGGAUACAUUAGCUGCCAAGUUAUCUAUCUCGUUGCUGCGACACUCUGAUGUAGUUCCAUGCGACAAGGCAUUUUAUGAAGCCGGGCUCGCUGCCAAGGGCGUUGGAUGGGAGAACAUGGCGUUUGUCUUCUUGAACCGCUAUCUGGAUCUUAGCGAGGGUAUCGAGGAAGGGAGUCUAGAUAUGCUGGACAACAGCGACUUCGCCGAGACGGACAUCCCCUUUGAGGUUCCUGUUCCAGAGAAGCAAUUUUUACCCGAGGAGAAACGAGAGGAGAUUAAAGAGUGGGUGCUUGCUGUUUCCAUGGAUCAAAAGGUGGAGCAAGUUCUUCCGACAGACGAGCGAGAUACGUACGAGGCUAGUUUGGUGGCGCUUAACACCGGCAUUUCAUCUCUACCUUGUGUAGUCACCGGUUACCCAGUCCUCCGUAACAAGAUCGACUUCAAGCGACCAGGAAAGGCUGCCAACAAAGAGGACUGGAACAAAUUCAUUAUGGCAACAAAGGUUUCUCACAGUCCUGAGUGCCAGGAUGUUCUGCGCUUCCUCGGCCACUGGUGUGGCGCGCCGCAAAACCCCUCCUACUCCUUCAACUAGACACUUCUUCGCCCCCCCCCCCUCCCCCGAGGUAUGAAGGGUGAAGGGCGUUGGGGGUGACUUGGCCACUGGUGUGGCGCGCCGCAAAACCCCUCCUACUCCUUAAACUAGACACUUCUUCGCCCCCGAGGGGUGUAGGCCGUUGGGGGUGACUUGGCCGCAGGUACGGCGCACAUAUGUGCCCAUCUUGGGAAGACUCCUCCCCAAGAACGUUAAUUAAAGAGUCACUCAUUUGAGGAAUCUCCGCUGAGCCACUCCUAUACCUGUAAAAUCUAUGCUUGGGACAGCGUAAAACAAGACUUACUUGCACAUCACCAGCAUCUACACACAACAACGAUUGGGCUGCCCGGUUCAGUGAAUAGAGGACUCACAGGCUAUCCCAAUAGUUAUUGUAAAGAUAAAAAAGCUCACCGAAAUUAAGCAGAGUUUGGCAAAAAUACUUAUAUAUGCACAUGAAAGAUAUAAGAAUCGCGUGUAUUAUUUUACCCACAUUUAGCAUGCGCGAGAACAGGUUGCGGUCGCUCGAGCUAAUAAGAUGAGCUUUUUGUGGUCUCGUCAUAAGCUGCUAGGAAGGCUUUAGGUUUUUUGAAUGCGAAAAUCUUUGUGUGCAAAUAAGAUUUGGUUAAUACUAUAAAUUAUUGUAUUGGUACUGUAAAGUUGCUAAAAAAAAGGAUUUUUACCCCCUUUGUUGCAAAAAAAAAAACCGAAACUUCCCGAAAUUGUUCGAAAUAAUGCCUCCUCACCAGUAAUCCCAAAGUAAAUUGUAUAUUAUUGAUUAGGGUUUUAUUUAAUAAAAUGUAAAGUAAGAUUA